AUGACGAGACGGCGAUCCAAGAGAAAGGCAGUUGUCCUUGAGGGAUUGGGAGGACUUCGUAGAUCCAAGCGACGAUUGGCACAGAAAGAAACAGCAAAGAAAGUUUACGGGGACGACUAUGGAAUACUUCCAAGUGCCGCAAGUGCAAUCCCAGGGAGGGUACCUUUGGGAUUCAUUUGCGGCUAUCCUGUUCCUUCAGGGGAACAAUAUGGUGGAAGCAUGUUUGCCAGAUCUGCAGCCAAUGAUACGCUGCAAGGACGGGCAAUCCAAGCAAUCAAUGAAAAGUGGGGAGAAGGAAAAUGGAAUGGUCGGGAAACCAUUGGAAUACCAGUGUGCAAAAAGAAGUAUGCGCCUUUUGCAUUCAGAAAGAAGGAUGGAAAAUAUUUGGUGGAACGAAUGUUUGGUUGUAGGUGCCACUCAGAUAUCAGAAAGGAAAUGAUAGAGACACACGGAGUAAGAGAUGGAUGGGAACCAUUUGGACAAUGGUCUUUGCAAAAGGCUCAGGAUUUUGCGAAACGAGGGAGUGACAAAGUGAAUGGAACCAGCACCAAAGUAGAAAAGGAUGCAGCAAUUGUAUCCUCGGAUGAAGAGCUAAAAAGUAUAUGUUCCAAUGGGAAGUGUGCUUGGAAAAUGAAAUCAAAAUUUGACAAUAUUCGACUCGAAGUCACGGGAGUUGAAUCAUCGGAUGAAGAAGAAUAUUCAUAG